CGGAAGUUUAUGUCUGCAAAGCCAAGUAAUCAUGAGAAGAUGACAGGUCGAUUGACGCAAUUUCUGACUGUGAUAUAGGAUGGGAAACUGCAUAGCGAGAUGCUUUGGCAUCUCAAGUAAAAGGAGAAAGUACCUGCGAACUAGAUACAGUGUGGAAAGAGAUAUUUCAGUUGAGUUUGAAAACCUUAUGGAAGAUGAUCCAGUGCAGGACGAAGUAACAAGAUUGGUGACCGAGAGAGAAAAACAACUCUUGGCUUCCAAACAGUACACAAAUCUGAUUCACGAGCAAAAACGUAUUGAUGCAGAAAUUGACAAAAAGCUUGCCCAACAAGAAGAGGAUAUUCGACUUGAAGAAGAAAAGUUUUAUGAAGCAAAGCGUGAAGCAGCUCGAAUUGCAAAAUUACAGAAAGCGAAAGAAAAGAAGGCUAAAACAUCAACACAAGGUUCUGGCAAAUCUUGGUUGGGAGAAAAUGAAAAAGAUUGGGAUGUGGCUGGUGGUGAAGACGAUUUUGAGUUAUUUUUAGCCAAUGUUAAAGCUAGAUCAUUGAAAACCACAGCCAGACUUCGAGAAGGAGAUGGACAAAGUUCUAAUAGUUCUGGACAAACAACUACACAUUCCAAGGAUAGGUCGCAGGCAGACGGUUCCUCUCUGGAUUUGGAAUGGGAAAAUGAGGAUGGUAUUCCUCAAAUGAAGAAAGACAAAUCUUCAACGGAUGAGAAUGCUGUCUCUUCAUCAUCAACCCAAGGAAGACAAAGUCCCAUAAACUCCAAUGAUCUGGAAUGGGACAAUGACUUUGUAUCUGCAGAAAUUGAUACCAGUGACACUGCACAGCUCCUUGCGGCAGAGAUGGCUAUUCAGAAAACAGCGUCCCGUUGACUUAUUCAUAAUUAUAUGUUGUUCAUAUAUAAAUCUUGAGACAUUAUUUUCUUGAAACGGCUCGAUGACAGAGGUAGAAAGUUGUCAAGAUAUAUUCAGUGGACACAAAAAGAAGAAAGGGUCAAUGCUUGCAGAAACGUUUGCUUCCAGAAAUUUCAUUUGCAUUUGUGUUUAUUAGGGGACCAAGAUAUAUUUUUGUGCAUUUUUGAUAUCCUCAUUUAUCCUACAAAACAUAGAUAUAAUACAUUUUACUGUGUACAUUUAUUUAUGUAAAUAUUUAUAAAUAAAAUACAUUUUAUAUUCCG